AUGAAUCGGACACACUAUCCAGCAGGUCCCUGUUUUAUCGGAUUACACUACGCCGCCUUUGAGGUCUUACUCCCACAGAACAGUGUGGGGAGGAGCCCGCAGAUCACGGUGACCACAGAUAACCUCCUCUCCGUGCUCUACCCCCGCCCCGCCACCGAUAUCGUUAUUGGCGUCCUCCAAAACAGUCAGCACGUCCCCGGUAGCCCCUUCCUAGUCGCCACCGUCCCCGCAGCAUCCCUCAUCGACCCCACGCGCUGCAUCCUGACCCCAGAAUCCCACAAGCCCGGUCAGUUGUCCACCGUGCUCCUCACUGCCAUCGAUGGCGAGGGCCACCGUUUAUCCACCGGCGAGAACAUGGUACGUCCGGUGAGUAAGAGUUGCGGGCCAGUGGUGCGUGUUACGGACAGGGGCGACGGGACAUAUGCGAUCGAGUACUACCAACCCUUGGAGAGCGGAGGCGAUGAGACCGCACUGGAAGUGACAGUGGAGGGUAUAGUUUCGCCGCUGUUCAAGCCUCCGGGAGCUACGGUUACGGCAGUAGGAAUGAUUCAGGAGACAAAGGCCGAAAUUGACAAGCCGGCGGCGGUGCUAAUUCAGGGCCUGGUAAAGGACGGGAAGGAGUAUAAAGCGGAAUUGGCUCCCAUGACCGUCGCAAGCGGCAAGACCGUAAUAACGAUAGUCUUGGAUGUGGCCGUAAAGGCGGAGGAUACAGCGGGCUUGCGGAGUGGGACUUUCACUGUUCCAAAGACUGUUCCAGUGGGGGAAUACACAGGAAAACUGUUCAUCUUCGGAAUGGCACCACAACCAGAGCUGCCACUCUUCCCAGUUGUCGUCGUGGAGCAGGAGCAGCUGCCCCCGCCGGAGAAAUUCAAGGUGGAGGGUCUCCCUAUCUACAUUGGCACUGGGGCUGCUGGAGGUGUAGUAGGAGGAGGCACCUUCACCGUAGCCAUUCCAACAUCAUCCCAAUUCAAACUCAAGCCCGACAAGCUGCUAGUCCAAGCAGUGAAGACAGACCCUGAGACGCCAAAAGGGCUUGAGCCGUGUUUCGAGUACAAGAUCGACGCUGCGGUUGCUGGGGACAGGAAAAUUAUCGUAAAGAUCAUUCCCGCGCGGUUCGCGAGCACGACCGAGGCAAAGCUGCACACGCCCUCGGGACUCCUAGACGGAACCUCCCUACUGCUGCGCUACACGGGCACCGCCCCGACCUGGACGACGUACGUUGAUCGCCUGGGCUUCCGCAGCGUGGCCAACUCGGCCAUCAGGGCGGACGGCGUGUGGCAUAGAAUAAUGUUUCAGUAUGAGGAGGGGGCGGUCACGGUGCUGGAGGACGGGGCCGUGGUCACCAGGUUGAUUAAGGGGCCGAUGCUGCCGUUCGAUGCCGUGCAUAUAGAGAUGAACUGUGCCGGCGCCACUGGGGAGGUUGGAGUGGAAAUCCGGGGGCUUGUAACAAUGCCAACGGCGUUCCAUGGGGAGCUCGAGUGGCCGGGGGAUUCGAGGAAGGUGGAGACGUCGCUCUCGAAGGGCCUGCAGGGAGCUGCCUGGACGGUGAGUGAUUCGGGGUCGGUGGUGAAGCCGGUCCUUGAGGGUGGGGAAAUGCGCCAUGUUGUACCUCAGGAUGAGAAGAUCACCCUGUAA